AUGGUCAAAGCCAGCGAAGUCUUGUUCUACCUCUUUCACCCGCAGCAACUGCGCUCCAUUAUUCAAUGGAAAGUCUGGCACAACCCUGUCCACGAACGAGAUGAAUCGAAAGAAACCGAAUCCACGAAGCAAUGCUUCAAAUACCUGAACUUGACGAGUCGCUCGUUCAGCGCCGUGAUCCAAGAGCUCCACCCAGAGCUCUUGCUACCCGUUACUCUGUUCUACCUGGUCUUACGCGGCUUGGACACCAUUGAAGACGACACCUCGAUCCCCGUCAAGAAGAAAGAGCCAAUCCUGCGCAACUUUGACGAGGUCCUUGAGAUUGAUGGUUGGACUUUCACUGAGAACAGGCCAGAGGAGAAGGAUCGCGAACUGUUGCUCAAUUACGGAUGUGUUAUCGAAGAAUUCAAGAAGAUUAAACCUGCGUAUCAAGUUAUCAUCAAGGAUAUCGCGAAGAGGAUGGGUAACGGAAUGGCCGACUACUGCCUGAAAUCUGAGAACAAUCAGUUUGCCGUGAUCACCUGCGCCGAGUACGACGAGUACUGUUACUACGUGGCGGGACUGGUUGGUGAGGGCUUGACGAGAAUGUUCGUGGAGAGCAAAUUCGGAAACCCAGCUCUACUCGACAGGCCCAAUCUUCACAAGUCGAUGGGGAUUUUCCUGCAAAAGACGAACAUCAUCCGAGACGUGCGGGAGGAUUUCGACGACAAGAGAAUAUUCUGGCCCAAGGAGAUCUGGUCGAAACAUGUGGACAACUUCGAAGAUCUCUUCAAACCCGAGUACAAAGAGCAAGCGUUGAAUUGCAGUUCGGAGAUGGUGUUGAACGCGCUCAACCAUGCCGACGAAUGUCUUUACUUCAUGGCUGGGCUUAGGGAGCAGAGUGUAUUCAACUUUUGCGCGAUUCCACAAACCAUGGCGAUCGCGACGCUGGACCUCUGCUUCAGGAACUACACCAUGUUUCAGCGCAACAUCAAAAUCACAAAGGGCGAGGCCUGUCAGAUUAUGAUCGAGUCGACCCAGAACCUUCAGGUGGCGUGCGAAGUGUUCCGCCGACAUAUUCAUUCCAUCCGCAAGAAGAAUCGGCCGCAGGACCCGAACUUUUUGAAGAUCAGCAUUGCAUGUGGCAACGUGGAGCAGUUUAUCGAGUCGAUAUUCCCGUCCCAAAAGGUGGAAGAAAUUUUGGCCAAGAACAAGGCCGACGAGGCUCGGGCAGCCCUUGCACAGUCAGAAAAGGAAGCCUCCGAUUCGAGGGGGUCAAAGGAGACAUUUGCCUUGUUCGGCGCCGUGAUCCUGAUGCUCCUCUUCAUUGCUCUUACCAUGGGUGCCGCUGCGUGGCUUAUGGGUGCCCGAUUCGACGUGGCCUUUGUGGAAGUGAAGAAGUCCUGGGCACAGAUCAUCAGCGGAGACGUCUUCAAAGGACCACAAAGUGAUGCUUCAACCGCCACGGCCAGUCAUGGCGAACUAUGA